ACUAAGAGAUAUAGGCUUAGACAUAUAUUAGAAAAGAAAACAUUAGAUACAAAAAAAGCGACGAGCAAUAUGGGUUUACCAUUGUUUGUUGGAGACGAUGAUGAAAAUAAGCAGAGAAAACUUACUCAAGAUUCUGGAAUAGAGGAUGAUGAACGUAAAACUAAUGAUGAUAUGGACCACUUGAACGAUUCUUUAAAAUGCAGUUGUUUCUCCUCGUCUGAAGAUAUAGCUUCUUAUUCACCGACAACAGCUAGACGAUCAGUUAAAAAACAACGCCGCAUGACACCCGUACCUUUAUCUAACACCUCUAAAGAGAUUCCUAUUAAGCCUAAAAAUAAAUUUUUGUUCGUCGAAGAAGAGGACGCAGAUGAUAUCGACCACUACAACUCUGAUGAUGACUAUAUUGAAAAUAUAUUUAAGCUGGAAAGACUAACAAGAUUUAGUAGAAGCUGGCAUGAUUCAAAAGAUAGUGACACAGGUGUAUUACAAAGACUUAAGGAAUUUAAAAAAGCCAAAAGUCUUGAUUGUGGUUUGAAUUUGCCACUUAAAAAUCAAAGAAAGAUGAACUCCCAAUGUACGGAAAAACACAAUGUGUUAUAUGAUAUAAAUGUUCCAGAUAAAGUUGGUAGUUCCCCAACAUGUUAUGCAUACAAGCAUCAAAAGAAUAAAACAGAAGUUUUCAAAGGAAUUAAAAACGAACCCAAUUUACAUAAAGCAUCACUUCCUUUAUGGAUGCAAGAAGCCUCUGAAAAUGAAAUGUCUUCAGAUACUGGUGACUCGAAAAAUUCUAGCGAUGAAGAGGAUUUAUGUAAUUCUCUAAAUGGCAAUAAAAAUAAACGCACACUAUUACAAGACCAAAAGCUACCUGUCAAUAAGAAAACCCCUCAAAAAAAUAAAACAAAUAAUCGCAGAAGAAAGAUUACCCCCUCUGAUUCUCCAUGUACAUCAUCAUUAGAAAAAUUAUCUCAACUUAAAGUUGUCUCCGAUAAAUGGAAAGUUGCAGAAGAAGAAGAAGAAGAACAAGCUAAUUGAUUCUUUAACAAAGCUUGUUUUAAAAACAUUAAUGAAAUUGAAUUUGUAAAUAGUCUUAAUAAAAAUAAAAAUAAUCACGUGUGUUCGAA